AUGGCAGCAAUAACUCAAAACAUUACAACACCAACACCAGUAACAAGUGUUGCAUCAUUGACAGAAACCUACUCUCUAAUUAGGAUUGGUAGCGAUCCCAAGUCUGAUCUUGUUAUUCCGAAUUCAAAUCCUGCUGAACCGCGACGUCUAAACAACAAAAAUCGAACAGUCUUUCAUAAUGGUCCUAAUAAAAGAACCUACGUAGAAGGCAAAUUGAUGGAGCCUCACCAGCAAUAUUUGUUGAAGGACGGAGACAGGAUUUUAGUGAAAUGUAAAGAUGGCUAUAUUGGCAAGUAUUAUGAUGAUUGUGAUAACAAGAUUGAAACGAUGUUGCUGAUAAGAAAAAAAAAUAUACUAUUUACAAAUAAAUUGAUUAAUUCUAAAAAUCCAAUUUUAAAACAAGAGGAAUUGAAGAAUUAUAAAGAUGAACUGAAAUUGAUCAAGAGUGUUGAUUGUGGGAGAGUACUAAGUCUUGCAGAUCAACAUUUUGACGAUGAUAGCGUUGUUCAAGUUCAUUUUCAAAAAGGGGUUAUUCAAUAUAAUAUACGCCCAUUACAAUGUGGCGCUAACAGAAGCAACAACUAUAGCAUAAGAAAGGUGACAAUGGUUGCAGUUUUGACAAUUAGUAUAGUUUAUGAAGAUAAUUCAGUAGUAAAAGAUUUAUCUGAAGCGACGAGUUUGAUGAGAUGUGGAUUUUCAAGGGUUGUUUCAAAAGCAUCUUUGAAGUUUAUAUUGAAAGUGAAAUCUGUGUGA